UUUAGGUUUGAUUUAUGAUGUUUUAGUUCGUCUUGUGAUUUCGCUCCCUCAGUGGUAAAGUCCACCCCCCCACACACACAGCCUAAUGGAACAGUCCACUUUAAGUCUUGGAACGAACCUUCCGAACUUUUCUCAUUUUGUCUUCCAUCGAAGAUAGCCGACAUUUCCAAAUUUCCGUUGAAGUCAAUACCACGACGAAAACAUGCGUGAGUGCAUCUCCGUCCACGUGGGCCAGGCCGGCGUCCAGAUCGGGAACGCCUGCUGGGAACUCUACUGCCUUGAACACGGGAUCCAGCCGGACGGCCAGAUGCCGAGCGACGUGACCAUCGGAGGAGGAGACGACUUGUUCAACACCUUCUUCAGUGAGACCGAGGCGGGGAAGCACGUCCCCAGAGCCGUCUUUGUGGACCUGGAGCCCACCAUCAUCGAUGAAGUGCGCACCGGCACCUACAGGCAGCUGUUCCACCCCGAGCAGCUGAUCACCGGGAAGGAGGACUCCGCUUACAACUACGCCCGGGGACACUACACCAUCGGGAAGGAGAUGAUUGACCCGGUUCUGCACAGGAUCCGCAAAAUGGCGGACCAGUGCACCGGGCUUCAGGGCUUCCUGGUCUUCCACAGCUUCGGUGGAGGAACCGGCUCCGGUUUCACCUCCCUGCUGAUGGAGCACCUGUCCGUGGACUACGGCAAGAAGUCCAAGCUGGAGUUCGCCGUCUACCCGGCGCCUCAGGUGUCUACGGCCGUGGUGGAGCCCUACAACACCAUCCUCACCACCCACACCACCCUGGAGCACUCGGACUGCGUCUUCAUGGUGGACAACGAGGCCAUCUUCGACAUCUGCCGCAGGAACCUGGACAUCGGCCGUCCCACCUACACCAACCUGAACAGGCUGAUCAGCCAGAUCGUGUCCUCCAUCACCGCGUCUCUGCGCUUCGACGGCGCUCUGAACGUGGACCUGACUGAGUUCCAGACCAACCUGGUGCCGUACCCCCGGAUCCACUUCCCCCUGGCCACCUACGCCCCGGUCAUCUCCGCCGAGAAGGCGUACCACGAGCAGCUGACUGUGGCCGAGAUCACCAACGCCUGCUUCGAUCCGGCCAACCAGAUGGUGAAGUGCGACCCUCGCCACGGCAAGUACAUGGCGUGCUGCCUGCUGUACCGUGGCGACGUGGUGCCCAAAGACGUCAACGCCGCCAUCGCCGCCAUCAAGACCAAGCGCAGAAUCCAGUUCGUGGACUGGUGUCCCACCGGCUUCAAGGUGGGCAUCAACUACCAGCCUCCCACGGUGGUUCCUGGAGGAGAUCUGGCCAAGGUGCAGAGGGCCGUGUGCAUGCUCAGCAACACCACGGCCAUCGCCGAGGCCUGGGCCCGGCUCAACCACAAGUUUGACCUCAUGUACGCCAAGAGGGCCUUCGUCCACUGGUACGUGGGCGAGGGCAUGGAGGAGGGGGAGUUCUCCGAGGCCCGCGAGGACAUGGCCGCCCUGGAGAAGGACUACGAGGAGGUGGGGGUCGACUCCAUCGAGGGAGAAGAUGAGGAGGGGGAGGAGUACUAGACGGGCCGGCCGGUCCAAAGCCUCCGUGUUUUCCUUUCAGUCUGUUCAAGCAAAAGUCACCAAAGUCUUUCUUUCUCUUCCUCUGAGCUUCAUCCGCUCACACGUUGUUUAACAAAAAGUUUUAUUAACAUUUUAAAUUCUUUUAAGGUAAGAAAGUUCUGCAUUUUACCUGUAAAUUCUCCCUGUGGCUCUUGAGCAAGGCAGCAGCAACAGAAAAAUCUAUUUCAUCUUAAUCUGUCCUCAAGGUCCAGUGGAAUAAAAGCAAAAAAAUAUUAAGUCUC